AUGGGCGGCAAACCCAGCACCCCAACAGGCAGCACAGCUUCUGCGGCAGGUCCCAUCAAGCCUCCACAGGUGCAGUUCUACCUGCGCAACCUGCGACGACUCGAGGAGGAGGUGCUGCCUGAGGAGGAGCGCAAGGUGCAGCUCAUCGAACAGCAGGCCAAGAUUCCGAUCGACGGAGAUGAAGGUGCACCGGCGGAGGCGAAAGAAAAGGAUGGCGAAGAUGGAAAUGGAAACGGAACGAGUGGGAACAACAAGAUCACAGAGGCAGAGCGGAGGGAAAAGGAGCGUCUCCUGGCCUACGAGGGGUUGAUGCGAAAGCUGGUAGAGACGGACGGCUACAGUGCAGACGAUGACGAUCUCCGCCGGAAACGAAAGGAAGUUGUUGCCAGUAUCCAGAGCCUCAUGGACCGCCUGGAAGCCCUGCGUCCUCCUUCGUGA